UAUUUGGAAAGAAUAAGCAAUAUGACCGAUGGUACAAAGAGGAAAAUCACGAUGCCCACGUGGCAUAUGCCUUACCUGGAAAAGCACAACAUUUAUAAACUGUUCUCUGAGAUCGCGAGGGAGCUGGUGAUACAGCAGCCCGAAGAUCACGUCUUCUUCAUGAAAUUCUUGCUGAGCAACGCCGUGAAGAGCGUGAAAAUUCCCAAGGUGAUUGUGUUGGCUUCGCCGAAAGUCAAUGUUCUCGAAGUGGCGAAGCAGAUCGUCCAUCAGACGCAGCAGAUCUUGAUCACUGAAUCAACGAUCAUGGAAAUGCUUAAGAAGAAGUUCAGGGAUAGGAUUAAACCUAAGGAGUUGGCGUACGGAUUGCAAAUGUUCUUACAUACCAAAAGCCCGGACAUUGCCAAGAAUGGAUGGUUGUUGGUGGAUUGCAUUAGAAGUAAAAAUGAAGCACAGAGGAUCCUCGACUUGGGUAUCUUACCAAGCCAUGUGAUUUACUUGAUUUCACCGUUUAGCCCGAAGUUAACCGAUUUGCUUUACUGCAACGUGACCGAACAUUGGCCUGAAUACCGAAGGAACUUUUAUGGCAUUCGUGAAGUCUUCAAGAAAAAGCUGAACGAGAUACAUCUGGAGGACUUCUUGAUUCACGAUGUAGUCAGUAAAUGCGUGGAGCUGAUCAGCAUCGAGAGGAUCGAAGAUGGACCCAAGCAACCUAGGAUUGUUCUUUUAGGACCCAGAGGAUGUGGCCGCAAAACGCAAGCGCGACUCCUUCAAUCAAAAUUGGAUAUAAUCCACAUUGAUUUCGAGUAUUUACUGUGUCAGGCUUGGCAUGGCCAAGAUGAGUUGGGAGAGAAAUUGAGAAGUUUCGGAGAUAAAGCCUGUUUUGAAUCGCAGACUCUGGUACUCGUUUUGAAUAGAAGAUUGCUGGAUUGCGAAUGCCUCAAGCAGGGUUGGAUUUUGACUGGAUUUCCUUUCAACGUCAAAGACUUUAAGUUCUUCGACUGCGUUGAAACUCCUCCGAACAGGGUAAUCUUCUUGGAGUGCGACUUGAAUAUCUGUUUCGAACGAUUAACUAGUCGAAGAUAUAACGUCGAUACCGGAAGUGUUACCAAGCUGGAAGAGGAUUUGAUUAUGGAUAUCACUGCCAAACGUCUGGGCGUUCAUCCCAAGGAUAAGUCAAGCUUAAUACAAGCUGAGUUGCAAUAUUACUGCACGAAUUAUGGGGCUAUGAGGAAGUAUGCUGGAGGUACUGCAUCAGUGGUAAAUGCUGAUCAACCGGAACGAUGGGUGCAUGAAUCUAUUACUGCAGCAAUUAUGAGGGAUAUUCCAAUAUGCAUCCCAAGAGAUCCUUUCGAAGGUGAUGAAGUUCCCUGUGAGCCGGAGAUCAUCAUGCCAUAUAAAUUCUUUAAACAUGAUUGA